AUGGCUACGCCUAAAAAGCUUCACAUAACCAUGUUUCCAUGGCUAGCCUUUGGUCAUAUGCUCCCCUUCUUUGAGUUAGCCAAGCACAUUGCUGGAAAGGAUCACAAAGUCUUUUUCAUAUCAACUCCUAAAAACAUCGAACGCUUGCCAAAAAUCCCUCCAAAUUUAUCACCAUUCAUGAACUUCGUGUCCCUCACUCUACCCCAUCAAGAUAAUCUCCCCCAAGACGCAGAAGCCACCACUGACUUGCCAUUUUCCAAAGUUCAAUACCUCAAAAUGUCCUAUGAUAAACUCCAGGAUUCUUUAACUCAGUUUCUACAAACUUGUACUCCAGAUUGGAUCAUUAAGCAGCACAAUCCGGUAGAGCUUCCGGAUGGGUUCGAGGAGAGAGUCGAGGGCCGCGGAGUGGUGUGGACGAGUUGGGCACCUCAACUGAAGAUAUUAUCUCAUGAAUCGGUGGGAGCGUUCUUGACUCAUUGUGGGCUAAACUCGAUUAUCGAGGCACUCCAUUAUGGGCGUCCAUUGGUUUUGCUACAUUUUGUGAUGGAUCAUGGGUUAGUUUCAAGAGUUUUUGCGGAGAAGAAAGCGGGGAUAGAAAUAGAGAGAAAUGAAGAAGAUGGGGUGUAUACGAGGAAGUCGGUGGCGGAGACAUUGAGGAUGGUGAUAGUUGAAGAAGAAGGAAGAGUUUACAGGGAUAAAGCCAAGGAAAUGAGGAUUAUAAUUGCUGAUAAGCAGCUUCAGAAUCAAUAUGCAGACAAUUUUGUUGAGUUCCUUCAGACAAAUUUCUAA